CGUGGAUGGAUAAGCAUGCCUUGGUCAGACAUUGGGGACCUUGCAGAUAUCUCUAUUCGCAGCCAAGCCCUUGUGGUUAAAGUUAGAACUGAAAUGAAGAGAAAUGUACUCCCUCCAUCCCACAAGGCACGGCUAGUUCAAAUCGCUAGUUCAAAUCUGUGCCAAUUUUUAUGGGACAGAAGGAGUAUUGGUCGUCAUGAGAUAUCGUGUUUUACGAAGGGUUCAAGUGCACUCGGAGAGUGGCCUACUGGUUAUUUAAGUGCCAACAACAAGGCGGCUUUGUUUCCUCUUGCAGAGUUCUGUAGUGAGUUUAGCGGUCUUGCAGAAACCUCAGAUCAGAAACAUCGGUUGCCAGCGAUCCAAGCCCAUUCCUCCAUCGGGACGUCAAAAUCGACCAAGGCCAUGUCGUCGCAGCACGACCGCGCGCUCGCCGGAGUGUACCCUGAAGAGGCCGACCUCGCGGGGGACUCCGACUACGAGGACGACGAGUACUCCCAAUCUAUUAGCAAGGAGUCAGAGGAUACAUCGGCGAUGGACGCGAAGAAAGGGAAGGACAUACAGGGAAUUCCCUGGGAAAGUUUGAGCUUCACAAGGGACGUGUACAGGCAGACAAGACUUGAGCAGUAUGUGAACUUUGAGAACAUACCUGAUUCCGGAAGAACAUGGGAGAAGGUAUGUACACCUGUGAAGAAAGGUCAACUCUACUACGAGUUUCAGCAUAACACAAGAUCGGUGAAGCCGAGCAUUCUUCAUUUCCAGUUGAGAAAUUUAGUAUGGGCAACGACAAGGCAUGAUGUAUACCUUAUGUCAUACUUCUCUGUGCUUCAUUGGUCGACGCUGACUUCCGAGAAGCAUGAACUCAUUGAUCUUCAAGGACGUGUUGCACCAAGUGAGAAGCACCAUGGGAAUUUCUAUGAGGGAUUUGGCCAGACUCAAGUUAGUACAAUGGCGGUGAAGGAUAAUCUGCUCGUCGCUGGUGGGUUUAAGGGAGAAAUAAUUUGCAAGUUUUUGGACCGUGAAGGAAUAAGCUAUUGUUGCAAGUCAACAAAUGAUGAGAAUGGCAUCACUAAUGCUCUGGAGAUAUUUAAGAAACCUAGUGGUUCUCUGCAUUUCCUUGCUUCAAACAAUGAUUGUGGACUUAGAGAUUUCGAUGUGGAAAAAUUUCAAAUGUGCAACCAUUUUCGUUUUGAUUGGGCUGUGAAUCACACAUCAUUGAGCCCUGACGGUAAACUCAUUACUGUUGUGGGGGACAAUCCUGAUGGUCUUCUUAUUGAUCCUAAUUCGGGAAAAACUGUUCAUGAACUCCGUGGCCAUUUGGACUAUUCAUUUGCGUCAGCAUGGAACCCAGAUGGCCGGACAUUCGCCACCGGUAACCAGGACAAGACAUGCCGGAUCUGGGACGCCCGUAACCUCUCCAAGUCUGUUGCUGUUCUGGGUGGCAACAUGGGAGCCAUAAGGACACUCCGCUACACGUCUGACGGGAAGUUCCUGGCAAUGGCCGAGCCUGCAGAUUUUAUCCAUGUCUUCGACGUCCAGAGCGGGUACAGCAGGAAGCAGGAGCUGGACUUCUUCGGCGAGAUCGCCGGCAUGUCCUUCAGUCCCGACACCGAGGUUCUCUUUGUCGGUCUGCACGAUCGCAACUAUAGCAGCCUCCUCCAGUACAGUCGGCGACGGUUCUACUCGUACCUUGACUCAGCUCUGUGAAUUAGCUAGUGGUGGUGAUCUGUGAGAACAAGAUCGCUAGUUGUAGAAAGGAUGUACAUAUCUGUAGGUCUUACACUGAACUCUGAAGAAACCAAAGCACAUAGUUGUGCCGAACAAACUGAUAACCUGUCUUUUGCAAUGUUGUUGCGCAUACA